AUGGAGAAUUACGAGGGUUUCGGUGAGGAUUUUGACGAUGAGUACGAAGAAGAGCAGCAAAGAUUAUUAAGUUGUAUACCUGUUGUAUUACAAUUAGGUAGCCGCUUUAUUCGUUUGGGGCUGGCAGGUCUGCAUGCACCCCAUCAAGUAUUAAACCCUCCUUUUAUUAAUACUAAUAAUCUUGAAUCCGUGCCUCUCCUUCCUGCUGCAGCAGCAGCAGCAACAGCAGCAGCAGCAGCAAAAGGAGCAGGAGAUGGAGGAGCAGCAGGUGCUGCAGCAACACCAGCUGCACCAGACUCCCCCACCCCCAGCAGCGACAGCAGCAGCGACAGCAGCAGCGAUAGCAGCAGCAGCAGCAACAGCAGCAGCAGCAGCAGCAAGAGGAGAGUAUUCCUAUCUCCUCUCCCUAAGGGUGCAGAAUUAAGUUAUAGACUUGCUGCUUGGUUGCUGCCUAUCUUGAGGGUUUGCUGCAGCCGCAGCAACAGCGAUAGGCCCCUGCUGCUGCUAGAGGGGCCCCUUACCCCUCUCCCUAUUAAGAAAGAACUUGUGCCAUCAAUUUCUUUUCUUUCUGAUUUAGUUGCUCCUCUUUAUACCUGUGGAGUAGACACGGGACUUGUUGUUGAUGUUGGGUUUAGCUGCUGCCGUGUACAGCCAACUUGUUUUGGUAGUCCUUUGCCUUGCGCUCUUCGUAUAUCUAGCGGUGGUGCUGCUGCUGUGCUGCUGCAGCUGCAGCAGGAUCUAGCAGCAGCAGCAACAACAGAGAAACAAAAAAAAGCAUUGAAGAAGAUGAGCCUUGAGGAUUUGGAAGAUUUGGUGAUUAAGGUGGCAUAUGUCAGAUAUGAAAUCAACAGCAGCAACCAGCAGCAGCAGCAGCAGCAGCAGCAGGAGAAGCAGCAGCAGCAGCAGCAGGAGCAGCAGAAGCAGCAGCAGCAGCAGCAGCAGGUGGUAUUUGAGUCGUCGUUGUCUAUGGAUUACCAGACAAAGGACGGCACACUUAUUAAUGUCCCUCCUAACCUACGUUGGCGUUGUGCUGAGGUAUUAUUUGGUGGUCUUCCUCCUGAGUCAUUAGCAGCAGAUGUUGGAGAAAGUCUUCAAGAGCUCAUCAUUGGCUCGUUGCUGCGUUGCCCAUUAGAGGCUCGUCGCCUUGUUAUACAAAAUAUUCUUCUUUGCGGAGGAAUUUCUUCCUUAAGGGGAUUCUCUACAAGGCUAUCCAAUGAGCUGCUGAGAAGUCUUUAUCUUCUAUUGCUGCUGUUGCUGCCUUUGGCGUUCCUCCAAUUCCUCCAAGCAUUAGGCAGUGGUGUGUACACACAGUCGGAUUGGUUGGCUGGCGUGCCGUUGCCUGAUUGGGCCUCCAUAGAGACAGCAGCAGCAGCAGCAAAAGAAGAAACUUCUGCUGCUGACGAGCAGCAAGCAGAUGGUCUUGCUGCAUCGGAUAUGAGAGCCACCCUGCAGCAGCAGCUGCAGCAGCAGCUGCAGCAGGAGCUGCAGCAAGAGGAAGAGCAGAUAGAGAAGCAGCUAAGUAGGGAGUUGGCCGCCAGCAAAGACGUAUCAACACUACUGCAGCAGGGAGAGGAGGAGUCGCCUGCUCCACUGCAGCAGCAGCAGCAGCAGGAAGAGCAGCAGCAGGAGAAGGAGGAGGAGCAACAGCAGAAGCAGCAGCAGCAGAAGCAGCAGCUGCAAACAGCCAUCCCUAAGUUGAAGCUGCACAACCCCCAUAUGCCGAAGCCUCCCCCUCCCCCUCGCCCCGUGUCGAGCAGCAGCAGCAGCAGCAGCAGCAGCGGCAGCAGUUUGAACAGCAGCAGCCCUGGCAGCAGCAGCAGCGUGAGCCAAGGUAGCCCAGGAGCAGAAGCGGAAGCCUAA